CUUUCCCUCUUUCUCUCAUUCUCGCGUGUAGCUUCCCAACAAUUUUCAUUUUUAUUUUUAUCUUAAAUAACAAAAAAAACAAAAGAAAAAAAAGAAGAAACCUACUAACAAGAGGGAGAGAUAGAGAGAACGCGAGCCUUCUUUCUUAGAAGAUACACACACAGCAUCAAGAACAAACGGAAAAAAAAAAAAAAGAGAACGAACAAUCUACACUGUAAAAAAGAAACAACAAAGUAUCAAAUCUUUGUUAUUCUUCAGCUUCCCUAAUAUCAUACAGAGAGAUCUUGUCCCUCUACAAUGUCGUAUUUGUUGUAGCGGACAAGGGUUUUGAUUCAGGAGCAAACUGGAGAAUGAACCAUCUUUCAAGGGAUUGGAGUUCUGAGGUGGGCAGUUCUGUUAUUGAACUCUUGAAUUGAUUGCGGUGAUCAAUUAAGAUUGUUAGCCUUGCGCAUGGAAGAGGAUUGCAUAUAUUGGAUUUUGUGACUAACCAAGUAUUAUGUUUUGUAUAAAGGGCUUUUGCUGCCUUGUAUGUUCCGAUCUUCAACUGGGGGAUGAUUUGGGUAUUUGGUUUUGGUCACAAGGAAAGGAAGGUGAUGUUUCUGUAUUGGCCAGGAAGACAACAUAGAAGAUCAGAUUGUAGUGCACCAUUUUUGUUUCUUAAGAAACCUUUUGGGUUGACAUAGUUUGAGCUAAGUUCUUGGGGGAGGAGGAAUUUCUCCAAAGUUACUUUUGUCAUCUUGCUUUUCUUGAACUAUCACCGUGUAGUGUAAUACUAUAGUAAGUUUGAUUUGGUGGAAGCAGUGGUGACCUUUGGUAUUAAGGGUUUUCCUCAAUGAAUUCUGCUUUGCGCUGUGUACAUUUUGGUGAAUUCUACUAGAAGGUUGCUGGAUUUUGGUAUCUGUGCUGUUGGGAGGGAUGGAGAAGCUCAUGGCGCAGUUUUGAAGCAGGAAAUGAAUGCGGGGACAUGGUGCAUGGACAGGAACAUAGUUACUGGUCCGUUCCCUUUUCGGAACAGUGCUACUGGAAAGUAAUACAAGCAUUUUCUUUUGUGGAAGUUGGCCGUGUCUUGUGUUCUGAGAUUCUGUGCAAUGUCGCGUUGCUUUCCAUUUCCACCACCAGGAUAUGAAAAGGCUAGGAGACAUGACGUGGACUUACUAAAAAAGGAAAAGGACAGGGAGAAGAAGCAUAAGAAGGAGAAGAAGAACAGAGAACAGAGAGAAGGUAAAGAUAAAGAAAAAAGAGAAAAAGAUAGAAGUGAUGGAAAGCUUAGGGAUAAGAAAGAGAAAAAGGAUAAGCACAGAGACAAAAAGGAGAGGGACAGAGACAAGGAUAAAGACAAAAUUAGUGCCUCAGAUGAGAAGAGACUUCCAGGGCAAUCUGAACAUAACAAUGGAGAUAAAGCCCCAGAUGAGAAGAAAAUUUCUGGUAAAUCUGAGGUUAAUAGCGGAGAAAUAUUCAUCCAAAGGGGGAAGGAAAGAGACUUUGAUAGAAAAUAUAUCUCAGGUGAAAAGAAAUUUUCUGGGCAAUUUUCAAGUUACAGUGAGAGGUUUGCUCAGAACGGCCAUCUCACUGAGCAACCAAAGGAGUCUAAUUUUGUACAGGAGGUGGACAGGAGGACCAGAGAUGAAGCCAGAGGAAGUGGAAAACAGUUGGUUGAGAAAAUCACUUGUGUGGAUGCACGAAAGGAUGAGCAAGUGGUCAGACUGGUGUCAGAGGCUACUGGGACUUUGGCUGAUAGCAAGGACAAGAACCAGAGAGGCUAUGAUAAGAAGUUGGAUGGGCAAGGAAUCAGGGAUGAGUCAGAAAUUUCUGGAAAGGCAAUGUCUCCGAGCCUUCCUGGAACAGUUCAGACUAAAAUUGAUAAAACACCAAUACAACUGGAGAAGGAUAUUGAGAAAAGGAUUGAAGGAAAAGAAAAGAGCAAAGGAAAUGAAGGUGGAGAUAGACGUGGCAAAAAACGGAAGGAUAAAGAUAAGGGAAAAGAAGGUCAAGGGAAGGACAAAAAAAGGAAAAAGGACGAGAAAGAAAAGGAGAAAAAUGAACAUAAGAAUCGAGAGCUGGAUAAAUUAAAAGAAAACAGCAAGGUUGACCAUACGGGAGUCCAUAAUGCCAAAGCUUCUCAUCUUCUCAAGGAGAACACUAAGAGUGGUGUCACUGAGGGAAAUCUAAGGAAACAAAAGGACUUGGACACAAAUGGAUUUUUUGACGCUAUUGACAUUAAGCCCAGUAAGAUGCCAAGGCCUGCUUCCUCGCAUCCAUUGAUGGAAAAUGGAAAGAUAUUGGCAACUCCUCAAACUUCCGUUCCUUUUUUAUCUGAUGGGAAUUGUGCAGUCAAUAAUCUUAAGGUCCAUGCAAAAGAACGCAAAAUAAAUGGUCUAAUAGAAACACAGGCAUUACCUAUAUCCUCAACAACACAGCCACUGUCCAUUCCGACAUCAAAAUCUUUCCCCACGACUGCACAGGCUGAUCAAAUAGCUAAAGCGUUGAAGAAACCCCAUCCUGAUACCAAGUAUCUAACUGAGGUGCUUACGGUGCCCAAAAUGGAAGAAUGGUGUGAUUUUGACAACCAAGAAUGGCUUUUUCAAGGUAGAGAUUUUGAAUCAAAGAAGGCCAAGGUGGGUUCUUUUGGGGUUGAUGAGACACCUCAGGUAUGGUCAGAAGCUUUGCAGAUGGAGGCAGCUGAAGUAUGCGCACUGCCAUAUGUAAUUCCAUACUGAUCGAUCAUUUUUGUGCACUGUGAUUUACAUGUUGUUCGUCUGAUAUGCUGGUCAUCCAACAUAGUAAACUGGGGGUUUGAAGUAGCAACAUUCUGCGCUUGAUCCAAUUAUUUGAUGAUCCUGAUGCUGCAUUCAUCUGAUUAAUAGCAAUGUUGCAGUCUACAUUCUUUUGACCUUCUCAGUUUUGUGAGGGUGCUGAAUGGAAAUGAUCUAUCACACAGUUCUGGCACAUCCUGAGAAAAGCUAUGAUGGGAGGGGCAGGUUUUACUUAUGCAUGUGGUACCACUAAUUCAUUCAAAAUGGAAAUUUUCAUAAAGGCACCUGAGUGGGGUUGCUUGGAAAAGGUGAUGUAUGAGCUUGUGCAAUUUUAUUUUAUUUGCUUAAAGCUAAUCUCUUUCUAAUCGAGAAUGCAAGAGAAACUAGCUGUGAUCUUUGCAACUCCACCACAAUUUUGUUUUGUAAAAUAGAACACUCUUAUUUACAAGAAAUGUAAGAUAGAGGGAAAGAAAAGUAGUCCCAUUCAUUUAUUCA